AUGACACCAUUGAUUAUAUGGAUCAGGGUUUCAGCUUACAAGAAAAUGCUGAAUGCUCAUGUGGGAGCAGUAAUACCAAAAACAAUUGUUAUCCAACAAAUGUCGAAGAAGGUGAAGCCUGCUCUGGACGUGGAAACUGUGUCUGUGGCCGUUGCAUAUGCGAUCCAAAUCCAGACCCUAAGCACCCAUCUAAGCAAA